AUGUUAGAACAGAAGAUGGAAGCAUGUGCAUCGUUUGGAACCUGCACCUUCGUCCUUGCGGAGGCGGCGGUGGCGGUGGCGGCAUCGCCGAAAGUGACAGCGCUUCGGAUUACCCGCCAAGUGCUACGGCAGCGAGGAGCAGGGAAGCGGCGGCGGCGGCGCUGCACGCGGCAAGAACCCUGUUGGGCGCGGGGGUGGCUAACCCUUGCUCGCCCACCCCCGAACCGCCCUUCUGGAAGAUGCCACAUAAAGGUGUCGUCCAUCAACAGGGUGCUGAGGAACCUCGCCUCGCAGAAGGAGCAACAGGCGGCGGCGGUGCAAGCGCAUCAGGGUGCCGAGAGCGUGUACGAUAAGCUUCGGAUGUUCAAUGGGCAGGCUGCAGGUUGGCCACCGGCUUGGUAUUCCGCUACGCCCUCUCAUCAUCCCUUGGCCACGGGGAUCCCGACGGCGGCGACCCCGGGCUCCGGCCAGUCGCUUCUACCCGGCAGCCAGCUUCACGGCCGCGACGAUUCCCUGCUCAAACGAAGCGACACGGGCUCCCUGUUGUCGCAUCAGCAAGAGACCACGUCGGAUGGCAAUUCGGAGCACAACUCGUCCGGCGACGAGGAUUCGCAGGUACGGCUGAGGUUAAAACGGAAGUUGCAGCGCAACCGAACGUCCUUUUCCAACGAGCAGAUCGACAGCCUCGAGAAAGAAUUCGAGCGGACACAUUACCCGGACGUGUUUGCACGGGAGCGUCUCGCCGAGAAGAUUGGAUUGCCUGAGGCACGUAUCCAGGUGUGGUUCAGUAAUCGCAGGGCGAAGUGGCGUCGAGAGGAGAAAUUACGGAACCAGAGGAGGGCCGCUGUCGAUCAGGUAGUCGGCGGUGGCAGCAGCGGGGGUGGAAGCAGCACAGCGCCCCCGGCCGCGACCCCUGCCACGCCACGGUUACCCUUAAACGCCGGAUUCAACGCCAUGUACUCGUCGAUACCGCAGCCGAUCGCUACGAUGCCCGACACUUACAGCUCGAUGUCGAGCAGCUUGGGCGGGUCAAUGGGUGGAAGCUGUCUUCAGCAGCGCGCCGAGGGAUAUCCGGCGUACGUGUUCCACGAGCCCCUUCACUCGCUGACGCAGUCUUACUCCCACGCACACAGCACUGCUGCGCAUUCGCAACCCCAUCGCGGUAUACCGACCUCUCAUGGUGGAACCCCCACCACGCCAGGAGGACAGCCUGCAGGACCAGGUGGUGCGCCCUACCAACCAACCACCUCCACCGCCACCGGCGUGAUAUCGGCCGGCGUCUCGGUCCCGGUCCAGAUCCCGUCUCAGACUCCAGACCUGACAGGCAACUAUUGGCCGAGGCUCCAGUGAUCCCAGCUCUUCGGGUUCCCGCCCGCGAGCCUGCUCGUCGGCCAGGAGAGCCCGCCGCCACCGACAGCCACCCCGGGUGCAGUGUCCCGGCCGCUGCUCGCAUCCCUCGGGAUACCGACGCAGCCAGCGCAGCAGCAUCAACCAACGAACACGCCGGCCACCACUCCCGUGCACACGUCCGACACCAGUGAGUGAACCUCGAUCAAUCAAUCCCUCUCUC